AUGUCAGAAAUCGAGAAGAGCGACCAAGAAAGUGCUAUGAGCGAUCAAGAAAGCACGCCGCGUUCCCUGCACCCACUGAAGAACACUUGGACGUAUUGGUACCUCAACGAUCAGCACGAGGAUUGGGAAUCGCGCCUGAAGAGAGUGUGCUCCGUGUCAACGGUCGAGGAAUUUUGGGCUCUUCAAAACAACAUCAAGCCGCCAUCCAUGUUGAAGAUGACUUGUGACUACAACUUCUUCAAGAACGACAUUCAGCCAAUGUGGGAGGUGCCAGAAAAUAAGAAUGGAGGUCGAUGGCUUAUCGCAUUGGAGAAAAACGCGUCACCAGAAAUGAUGGACAUUAUCUGGAUUGAGUUGGUCACUUCGAUGAUUGGAGAACAAUAUGGAGAGGAUAUGGAGAAGAUCAGCGGCUUGGUUUGCAAUGUUCGGAACAAGGGCUCCAAGAUUUCCAUGUGGACUUCCGAUCACAAUGACGACGAUGCCAACAUGCGAAUCGGCAAAAUAAUUGCAAGGACUCUGAAAGCGGCCGAAAUUCCCGAGGCACUUCAGAAGAAAAGAUUUGUCGAUAUGAUACGCUAUGAGGAUCAUCUUUCAUAUCAAAACAAGACAGGAAGCGCUCCUUGCAAACCGAAACUGCUUAUCGAUUUCAAGGACUUGAGU